CGCACGCAUGCUCGCUUCGAAAAUCGAACGCGGCCGUCGGAAUUUCAAACUUUCGAAUUCGAAUCUAUAUAGACAAUUACUCGUUUUAAUAUAAAAAAAGAGAUUUUAUUCCAAAUACAAACAUUUAUUAUUUAAAAAAAAAUGUGAUUGUGUUCCGACAGUUAUGUGAAUUUGAUUUCGGAACGUAAAAUUUAAAUUGGUAGUCAAACUGAAAUUGGAACGUGCUGUGUCGUCAUUUGGAAGUAUUAAAAGAAGAUGCUACGUUACCCAACACUAAAGAACUGCACACGCCAACAAUGAACCCGCUGACCAUCUACCACAUUUACGAAAUAAGAUGAGAAUAGUGGGAACGAAAAUGAAAAUAAAAGCGCACGGUUGCAACAAUGCAUGAGCUUGAUCUCAAUCGACUUUCAAGCGGUACACCAGACACUUACAGUUGGGACAUCUUAAACUACUCCUUCUUGACUUACAACUUCAGUCAGUUCUUGAAUGACAGUCAGUUCCUGAAUGACAAUCAGAACACGACUUUGAGUCAAGAAGUAAUUGUUAACAAUUGGUGGGCUUUGGUAGCAUUGGUGCUAGUGGUCUGUACGGCAGCUGGAAAUGUAUUGGUGUGCUUGGCCAUAUGUUGGGAGAGGAGACUGCAAAACGUGACGAAUUACUUCUUGAUGUCCCUGGCAAUAACUGAUCUCCUGGUAGCUAUACUGGUGAUGCCUUUGGGGAUAUUGACGUUGGUGAAAGGUUACUUCCCACUACCGGCAGAGUACUGUCUCACGUGGAUUUGUCUCGACGUGCUCCUCUGCACUGCAUCCAUCAUGCACCUCUGCACGAUCAGUGUUGAUAGGUAUCUCUCCCUCCGGUACCCAAUGAGGUUCGGUCGUAACAAGACGAGGAAACGGGUAACAGUGAAAAUCGCCUUCGUCUGGAUACUCUCCACAGCCAUGAGUCUUCCACUGAGCCUCAUGUAUUCAAAGAACGCAGAAUCGGUGCUGAUCGACGGCUCGUGUCAGAUCCCAGAUCCGUUGUACAAGGCGAUUGGCUCCGUCAUCUCGUUCUACAUCCCUCUUGGCGUGAUGCUGUUGACUUACGCGCUGACGGUCCAACUGCUGGCUCGACAGCGGAAAGGGCUCGGAGCCGGGUGGGCUGCCGGCUGGCUGGGUGCGACUCCUAUCGAUCGCCGUUGUACCUGGCGAAGGUUUCUGGGCAACAGAACCAGUACUCCUCAGCAUUCAGCAGCUUCAACUGAGACUGAACUUCCACCCAUAGAUACGAGGGACCUCUGGCUGCAGGACUCAAGUGAACCGGCUCCAUCAGCAAUGAGUGCACUGCAUCACUUUGGAGCUGAGAUGUUGAGGCUCUCACGCGGCUUGGAAGCUUCCGCAGCGACUAAACCACAGUACCGAGGGACGAACAUAUCCGAGCGUGGUGGAAUGCUAACACCAGGUUCGUUAAGUGUAUCUUCAAGUUCACCAUCCUCUAUGCUCCAAGACAGACGACGUCCGUCAUCUGCUGAUCCUAAUUGCACUCCCAUACAUAGACCUAGAAGCGCUUCUGAUGACGAAAGCAAUGAUGGUCUGCUAGCUCCUUCAACUUUGACAGCAAAAUCCCGAAGUUCUGAAGACGGCCUACUUCUGCCUCCGCCAUGCACCUGUCCGUACUUUGGAAGUGAGUCUACUCCUCCCAGAAAACCAACAGAAGUUAUUAUUGUUCCCGGGGGAGAUAUUAAUGGAUGUAACGGAUAUUCUAGGAAUGGGAAUAUGAAAGAUGAACAAUCAACGCCAUUCUUUAGAAGAUCUAGCCGCGGUGCAGCGUCGAUGGUAACUUGGGAUGAAGCUAGGAGAUUCAGAAGGGGGUCUAGUUUUGGAGGAGCAAGGACGACGCUUUCAACUCCUGCAAGGAGUAUUCGCCAAAGGUCCAUUAACACUCGACCUCAGCAGUCAGUGACUUCAAGUCCCCAACGCCAAACUCCGAGAACGCAUCACUCUAGAAACUCCAGUGUAAUUUCAAGAAACUCCUCUCGACACGGGAGAAUAUUGCGUUUAGAGCAGAAAGCGACUAAAGUACUGGGGGUGGUAUUUUUCACUUUCGUCGUACUUUGGGCCCCGUUUUUCAUCCUAAACAUGGUUCCUGCGGUGUGCCCGGAAUGUGAAAGGAGAAUUUCUCCGUGGGUGUUCGAUUGCGUGCUGUGGUUAGGUUACGCCAGCUCCAUGGUGAAUCCGAUUUUCUACACGAUAUUCAAUAAGGUGUUCAGACAGGCAUUUAAGAAAGUCCUCAAUUGUCAAUACUGUUCCGGAAGAAGGUAGCCCGCACCCUGGGAGCGCGUCCGUCCAACCUCUGACCCAGGUUUUGGCGCUCUCUCAGUCCACAAUAGAAAUGUGCGAUCUCAAUUCGUAUGAAUUAUGAACUCAGAGCUUUAAAUACGCUUUUAGUAUUAAACGCAGCAAUGGUACUAGAUCGUGAAUCUACUUCUUUCACUAAUGGAUGUAUAUUUUUUUAAAUGACUGUCACUCGUUACAAAAUUGCGCACAAAUAAGUUAUCGCAUGAUCAGAUAAAACUCUAAUAGCUAUUGGCCUAACGAGGACUGUGUAUGCUUAGGAAUAUAAAUUUAAUAGCCCAUUAUAGUAUGAAGAUUUAUUUGUGAAAUAACCAAAUCGAUGUUAUCACUUGUUAGGUCGUUUUGCUUGUUUUAAUACUGUCAGAGCUAGAGAUUAAUGGCACGAUAACUGCAGACUGUUAACUGUAAUUUAUUAUCAUUACGAAAAUUUGACUGACCUUUAAGGUGCGUACAGACCAACGACACUCGAUCAAGCAACAACGUGGCUGCGCGGUCGUUAGCAACGCCAAGUCAUUGGUCUGUAAGCGGCCUUAUUGUUACUGUUGCUUUCUACUUAAACAAAACUUUGAUUUUAUACCUAAAUCAUAUCGAGUCCAACUUACGUCAUGAUUUCAUAUAAUCAAAUCUGAUUUUAUUACCGUCUUUGACUGAUGUUAUAAUAUGCCUUCACGUAAACAUAAUAUACCUCCUGUUGACAUAAAAAUUUCCUAUCCAUAAUUUUUCGAUAUAGAAAUUCAUUGGUCGCGUCUGAACGAUUAAAUAAUUAUCACGAAAAUGAGUAGCAGAUAUCGUGUUAACAUGUAUCUCAUAAGUUGUCGUUGGAAAUUUUUGAAAAAGAAGAAGAAAAGUACCUGUAUCAAGAUUUUUUAUCA